AUAUUUUAACCAAAAAAAAAAACAGUAACUUUUUUUUAGUUAUAUCGGAAUAAAAUUAUACAAAAAAAACACACGUUUUGUUUGAUGUUUUGUUGAUCGUUUUGUUUUUGGUGUGUACUUCAGGUUUCGGAUCACGAAUUACACAGCUGUAAUAAUUGGUAGUGACGUUAGCAUUCCGUGCCUGGCAGCAGUGAUUCGUAUGUCCAAUGUUGAUUGUUGAUGAACGUUCGGUGAUAAUGGGAUAUACUUUUCGCCUUUGCUUGUUUAAAUAUCCCAAUUUAGUUCAAAACGUGACACGUGUAUUAUUUAAAACCCAAUUAAUGACAAGCGGCUUUUUUAUGGUCUAGAGUUGUUUCUUUCACGGGAGCCGAGGUAAUUACCGAUUUAGCGAAUGACGAGGGAUUGUACAAAAUAACAGUCAUAUCAAUAUCAAUUAAGACGUUUUUGUAUGUCGUUAGUGGGGUGCGUCACUUAUGCACUUGAUUAUUUUCGGAAUAAAUAAAAUAAAUAAAGGUGUUGCCCUACAGUAAUCGGGCGGCCCUUUUCAUUUGUUUUUAACAUUGAGACUGCUUGGCAUGAAGAACUUUCGAGGUUCAAGUUUUAUUGUGAGUUGUUAAAUUGCAUUUGGGUUGGGGAUGGCGGUCGCUUUAGGGGUGGCGGGCCCCAUAAAAGGUAAGCCGCUGGACAUCAUAGACUUGGAUAAGGCGAAGACACCCGCGGAGGCCAUCUACGAGUGGCACGACAAGGUGCGCAAGGAGCUCAACAAACAUAUCCUUCUCCGGGGCGAGAAUGAAUUGCUCGAAAUUAUGGAGUGGUACUUGGAGCAGCUCAAAUUCCAAGGGAAAUACCUGCAGGACCCCGAGACCCUGCAGAACGUCAUAAUCAAGCACAUCAAGGUGAUCGAGCUGUCGUUCAAGCGGCUCAAGGCCCGCAAGAGCGACUCGCACUACCUCGACCUCAUGGAGGAGAUCAUGACCCGAUUCUGCGACGUCGUCGUCGAGAACGCGUCCCAGAAGAAGAAGGUCGUCCCGAAGAGGGAGAUGAAAAAGAUCAUGGCGCUGUCCUGCAGGCGCAUCAAGUGCCUGCUGUAUCACUGCUUGCUCGCCAGUCAGCAGCGUAUACAGCACGUGCUGAUCAAGAUGCAGAUCGAUCCCGGAUCGCAGCCCUGCCGCGACAUCAUCAACUACGUUUACGCGCAUUUUCUCACGCGGAUCAAGCAGGAGCAGACGGACGAGGCCUUCUGCCGCGGCUACAUCAUAUUCCAGAAGUGGAAAAUGGUGCGCAAACCGGAGGAAGCUGACACCGUGGACCGGUGUCUCUAUUCGCUAUACGGGCACCUACCGAAAAACGUCGCGACGCACGAGAUAUUCCGUAGCGUCGUGAAACUCGUCUCUACGUCGAUCGCGGGGAUGACGCGCGACUAUUUCGCAUACAUCAGGGCGCGGGAACGGGACCUGGAAAAACGGGAGAUGGCGCUGGACACCGUGUUCGACGACGUGGCCGAUCUGGACAUCGCGAAGAACUUCGGCUGGGAGCGGCCGAGAGGGUCCGACUCUGACUUUAGCAGCGCGUACAAACGGUGGGACGCGGAGAUCCACGCCUUCUCCGUAGGCAACACAGACGGCGACGACGUGGUGCUCCUCAGCGACGAUGAAACCGUCGGAGAUGACGCCGAUGACGUGGUGCCGGCCAGCGACGACGAAACCGUCGAGGUUUCGUACGACACGACGAAGAAGGCGACGGCGAAGUCGCAACGCGCAACUGUCGAGAGCAGCGAGCCGUCGACGAUGACAGAGGAGCGGCUACUGGCCAAUCCGGACCUGACACGCGACGGAGACGCCUCGCGUUCGCUGUCGGCGUGCAGCUUCCUGGACGACGCGGCGUCGAUGACGAGCGCGAAAUCGUCGGCGACCUGCGAGUGCGACAAGUGCCGAGACUUCGAAACGCCGCCGCCGCCUCCGCCACACAUUAUAAAAACUGAUACGCCCCUUUACGAACAACCCGACGUCGCCGUCGCUAAUGAAACGAAAGAGGCCCAAGUCGACGACGGCGUCGCCAAUCAGUCGACUACCACCUACGUCAUCAUGAAGUUGAUCGCGGCGGAAGAGGCGGGGCUCAAAUCGAGAACCGCGACGUCGCCCAUUGCCAAGUGUACGACCAGAACUCGGUCGCUGACGGAGGCGUCGGUCGAGCAAACGCCGGUAACGCCCUCUAGCAUGUUCCUGCACCUGAUGACGUCGCCGUCCGAGGAACAAGCGAUGGGAGGACACACUUCGAGGAUGGACAACUGUGCCGCGGUAAAAGAAAGGACCUACCAGAGUAACGGCGAGGAGGACUACAAAAACGCCUCGCACUAUUACUCGAGCUUCUCUCCGAUGAUCAACGCGCGCCACUGGUCCGACGAUAACAGGUCCGAACCCGUCAUCCAACUGAACAAGUUGUUGUUCGAAGGUCCCAACGUCGCGAACCCAUCGAUUCGACGUGCACUCAACGAUGACGAUGACGGGCCGAAGAUCGACACGAAACUGCCGCUGAAGAAAAGGAAGAUGAUGGCGGCGCCGCCGAAAACGGACUUCGACCAGAUGCUGAUGAACUACACAGAUUGGCUCCUCGAAAAUCCCGAGAUCUCUUAUCCGGCGACGCCGAUGCUGAGCAUCGCAGAAGUGCAGGAGCACGAGAAAAUGGGGAAGAGGAUGGCCGUGGAAGCAGAAAACGGCACUAUGUACGCACUGUUAUUAACAUUUUUACUCUCAUUUAUGUUUUUCUCUCAACUACCAUCUCUGAUUGUGUAUCAUCGUCUAAAGAGGAAGAAGAAGAAGAGGACGAGGAGAAAAAAGAAGAAGAUGGGGCGGAGGAAGACUUGGCAGCAAGAGAGAAGAGCGGGAAAAGUCCGGCGCACGAAACACUUCAUUAUCGUGGUCCAGAUUAUCACAGCGGGAAGAAAAAUUUUCCAGCCGACCCAGAGCUAUCUGGUACAACGGGUAAGCUUCCAGGUCGGGGAAGUAGUCUUGGGAUUCCUCGAACUCCUUCAAAUCGGCCACCAUUAUGUCCACUGCAUUCUCGACAAAUAAGCGCGCGUCUAUUUGAUGAUGGUCCAUUACCCAGCGAACGAUAUUGACAGAAGAUGUCUCUAACAGGCGGAUGCGGAGUUACUGCUGAUAAUCUUUCAGAAUUGGGAGUAAUGGGAUUUUCUUUUUGCGCGUUCUGUGCCGCAGAUCUUAGUCGCAAAGCGUUUUGACUUGUUUGACUUAUGGUACUAGGAACUCGAGUGCGUUUCGGUCUCCUUGACAUUUUCCAAAAUUUUCUUCUUCUGUUCCUUUAAAAGAAUUAAUUUUUUCGCGUUGCGUAAUAUCUUUCUGUUGAAGUACCACUCCAUCAAUCUUUUAAUGAUGCCUACCCCAAAAGGAAGCUCGAUCGAAUGGACACUCCAGAAAAGCUUCUGGUCUGAGAAUAUUUUUGAGGAAUGCAAAUAUAACAGCAAGGCGAUUACGAUAUAAAUGGUCCCUGCUACUAAAAUAAACUUCCGUUGCGUUUGCUUCCUCUUUUUUUGGAAAUCCGAUUGUGUUUGUUUUUUUCCUUAACUUUGCGAUAAUAACACCCAUUAUAGAAAAAGUUUUGAGACAUCGAUCUGGAUGCCAGCCUGGUCCGGAUCGAUAUUUCAUGCGGUCAGAUUCGGAUAAAAAAGGCCACAAAGUAACACUAGGGUUGUGGAAUUGACCGGUCAAAUUUUUUGUGUCGAUUGACCGAUAUAAUUUCAAAAAUCCAAUGAAAUUUAUGUUGUGUUCUGAGUACUAAAUGGAGUGAAUAUCGUAUUCGGGUAUUCCUUGAAGAGGGUUAUGGGUAAACAAUUGCAAUAUGUUGUUUAAAACGUUUUUUGACCAACCAUAUAAGAUAAUAUAGCGGCCCUACUAGGGUAAAAAGUGAUGCGCCGCAGGUGGCUAUGACAUUUUCGUAGACAAGGUGUGGAUAUUUUGCGCAUGCGUCACCCCCAACUAACGGAAUUGUCACUUGGUCGUAAUUUUUCUGAAAUAAUUUAAUAUAUACAUUCACACAACACCAGGAUACAAAAUUAUAUACGUCCUAACAUCAUUUAAAAUUUAUACUU